ACACAAACUCCUUCGCCUGUAAGAUUCGAACGCACGCCGAACCAUAAAGCGACCACUGCCGUCAAAACACGAAACGGAGCGUUUUGAAGUUUCUGUACCGACAAAUUCAGAGACUGAGGGAGGGCCAGUAUUCGAGACUGUAUUGGCGUGAUCGGAAGAGAGUGGGUGAAGAAAAUGGCGACGACGGGGCAAGUCGCCGGAGGUCUGACGGCGUACGAUCGCCACGUCUUGAUGGCAGUAAACGCCGGAGCGGCGAGCCUAUCGUUCGUUGGGUCGGGGUUCAUCGUCCUCUGCUACGUCCUCUUCAAAGAGCUCCGCAAGUUCUCCUUCAAGCUCGUCUUCUACCUCGCGCUCUCCGAUAUGCUUUGUAGCUUCUUCAGCAUGGUUGGGGAUCCAUCGAGAGGAUUUUUCUGUUACUCGCACGGCUAUAGCACUCUCUUCUGUGUAGCGUCUUUCUUAUGGACUACCACGAUUGCUUUUACACUCCACCGUACGGUUGUUAGACACAAAACUGAUGUUGAAGAUAUGGAGGCAAUGUUUCAUUUGUAUGUUUGGGGGACUUCAUUAGUUGUGACGGUUGUGCGCUCUAUUGGUAAUAACCACAGCCACCUGGGUACAUGGUGUUGGUCACAAUCAGGGCGUAGUGGAAAGGCACUUCACCUCAUAACAUUUUAUAUGCCACUCUGGGGUGCAAUUCUUUACAAUGGUUUUACAUACUUUCAAGUGAUAAGCAUGCUGAAGAAUGCAAGACGUAUGGCAGCUGGCAUGUCAGACCGGGCUUACCAAUCAGAUGCUAGAGCAGACAUGAAGGCUUUGAACCGGUGGGGGUACUAUCCGCUCAUCCUGAUAGGAUCAUGGGCUUUUGGCACAAUCAACCGCAUUCAUGACUUUAUUGAACCAAGUCAUAAAAUAUUUUGGCUCUCAGUUCUUGAUGUUGGGACAGCUGCACUCAUGGGCUUGUUCAAUUCAAUAGCUUAUGGCUUGAACUCCUCAGUGCGACGGGCAAUAUAUGAAAGAUUGGAUUUGUUUUGGCCAGACAGGCUUAAAAGAUGGUUCCCCAACAGUUCAAAGUUUAGGAACCAAGAGCAAGAGAGUGAACUAGUGGCGCUGAAAAUUGAAGAUCAGCACUAGCAAGUUGGACAUAUUUGACUUGCCGAUUUUUUCAACAUUGUCCCAUUAACUUAACUGAGCGUGGAAUGAACGGAAGAGGUACACAGCGAUGCACAUCAGUGAAGGGUCGAUUGCUCUCCUCCUCUCCAUGGCAAUUCCGAGGUGACUAACAUCUUCAAAUUCUACUUGUUCCAUAUUGAGACUGAUUGAAACUGUUGUGGUAGAUGUAUCCGUAGAUGGGUUGGUUCGAGUAGAACUUCGUGUAGAAGUUGUGAUUCUAUGCAAAGCUGGAUUCGUCAAGGUGUACAAUUUUACCUGUAGAGAAAAGUCUUGAUUGAUCUUUGAUUAGGAAUUGUCCCAAACUUUUCACUGUUAUUGUCAUGUAUUCGGAUUCCGACCAACUCCAAUCCAAAAUUUGGACGAUUCAAAUUUGAAGUCUGAAAUUCCGAAAUCAAGAACGGAAAUGAAAUGUAUCUGAAAAUUCAGAAAAAAA